AUGUUAUUAUAUCAGUUACUUUUUAUUUUAUUCAUAUUUUUGAUUUCAUUAUUUAAAAUAUAUGCAAACAAUUUACCAUUAGCACCAUUUCAAAUUAAGAUACAAUGUAAAAGUGGUCUUAGUUAUGGUAAAAAUGAUUCAAUUAAAAAAAAAGAAAUAUGUCCGGUAUCAUCAACUAGUUGUGCCUACAUUGAAAUACCAUUAAAAAAAGAUAAUAUUUCUAUUUAUGAAUGUGUUGAUGAAAGUAUUUUAAGUGGUGAAGAUGAUGGUGAAGAGAUGGCAAAACAUAAAUUAUUUUCACAAAUGUGUAAUCAUAUCCCAAAAUGUCAAUUAUUAAAUUCAACCCUUUUAAAUCCAUCAUUUAAGAAAUAUCUUUCAACUACAUAUAAAUUAAUAUCAUCAAUAUUUUUAAAUAAAAAAUUAUUAUUUUGUUGUAGUAUGAAUAGUGCGGUAUUAGAAAAAAUUAUUAAAUCAAAAGAUAAAUCGCAAAAACUUGUAAGUAGUAAUUCAAUAAAAUGUAAUAAAAUAACAUGUGGUAAUGGAGCAAUCGGUUGUCUAUCUUAUCAACAAUUUCCAAAAGCAAAAAUAAUAAAUGCUGAAGAUUAUAUUGAUGAUGAAAAAGAAGAUAUAUAUGAUAGUAAUGAAAAUUUUAUAAAUGAAAAUAAUAAAAAUGACAAAGAAAUGAUAGAAUAUAGUUAUGAGGAUGAUAAUAUUAAUAAUAAUUAUAAUUUUGAACCAAUACAAAUAGAAUUUAAUACAGAAUUUGAUCAAAUUUAUAGAAAAAAAAGACAUAAAAUAAAAAAUCAAGAUAAUGAAAAAACAUAUCAAUGUGUUUAUCCUCAUUUAAAUGAUGAAGUAUAUCGAUAUUGUACAAUGAUAUAUUCAAAUUUAAAUAAUAAUCGUUGUUAUAAAGGAAAAGAAUUUAAAAUAUGUUGUUGUUAUGUAAGACCAAAUACAAAUACUUGUGAACCAGGAGAAAAAGAAUUACCACCAACAAUUAUUUUACCACCAAGAAUUGUAUCAAAUAAAAAUAUUAUUGAAAAUAAAACUAUUAUUUUAAAAAAAAAUUCACAAAAUAAAAUAUCAACAACUACAACAAUACCAACGAUUUCAUCAACAAUAAAAUCGAUAUCAUUAUUGGAGAGACAAAAUAAAUCUAAAAUAACCAAUUUUAUGAAAAAUAAAGAAAAAAACAUUUUAAGUGGUUAUAAAAAAUCAACAAACAGAAAGUGCAAAUAUUUAACAAAACAAAAAAUGCGACGUUUACAGAAUGAUCGAAUAAUUCCAUAUUUUUACAAGCAAGAAAUAUGUUCAUCAUCACCAAGAAUGACUAGGAUAUUUUAUACUAUUUAUAUGUUUAUUAUAUUACAAGAAGUUAUAUUAAGUGAAAAAAUAUUAAUUUACUCACCAUCAUAUACUGCAAGUCAUACAAUAACUAAUGGAAAAAUAGCUGAUAUUUUAGUUAAAAAUGGGCAUGAUGUUACAUUAUUAAUUCUUGAUUUUGAUUCAACAGUCAAAAUAAAUGGAACAAAAUUGGGAAAAGUUGUAAGGAUGGCAAAUUUAUCACAAACAUAUGAAAAAUUGAUGAGUGAUUGGUUAGGUGGUGAUGGUAGUGAACAACCUGAUAUAGCUAGUUUCUGGUCAAGAUAUUCUUUUGAAAAAGUGUCAAAUGAUAUAUGUAAAAUUAUCAUUUCAAGAAUAAACGAAUUAGAUUUUUUAAAAGAGGAAAAAUUUGACUUAGGUUUUGUUGAGAUGAUUGAAUAUUGUGGACAUGGUAUUUUACAUUAUUUAAAUAUUAAAAAAACAAUUUGGAUAUCAACAACACCAUUACAUGAUACUGUUGCAUGGAAUUUUGGUUUACCUACAACACCAAGUUAUAUACCAUCAGUUGAGGAAAAUUUUAAUGGACCAAUUAUGAAUUUUUGGGAAAGGUUAAUUAAUACAAAACAACUUUUAACACAAUUAUUUCUUCAAUAUAUUAGUAGUGAAAUGUGUACUUCUAAUUUUCGUAAUGGUAUUGAUAAAAAUUUUCCAAAUUUACGUUAUUUAGCAAGCAACUCAUCAAUUGGUUUUGUUAUGACAGAUGAAAUAUUAGAUGUUCCCAGACCAAUUCUUCAUAAAAUAAUUUAUAUAGGAGGUUUAGGAUUUGAAAAUCCUAAACCUUUAAGUACUUAUUGGAAUAAUAUAAUGAAUAUGGGAAAAAAAGGUGUAAUUUUAUUUAGUAUGGGAACUGGUGCUUCUUUUUCAUUAUUUGAAGUUAAAAAAAAAAUUGAUAUAUUAAAUGCAUUUAAUGAAUUUUCAGAAUAUCAAUUUAUUUUGAAAAUUAAUAAAGAUGAUAAGGAAACUGAAAAUUUGAUUAAAAAUUAUACAAAUAUUGUUUUAACAUCCUGGAUGCCACAACCUGAUUUAUUAAAUCAUCCAAAUAUGAAAUUAUUUAUUACACAUGGUGGUAUUGCUAGUAUUAUAGAAUCACAUAUGAAUGGUAUACCUUUAAUUGUUAUUCCAUCAUUUGCUGACCAACAACGUAAUGCUAAAUUUAUAGAAUGGAGAGGAACUGGUAUAGCAAUUUUAAGAAGCACUUUAAAUUUUGAAGUAUUAAAAAAUGCUAUUAAUGAAAUUCUUACUAAUGAUAAUUAUAGAAGUAAAGUUAAUAGAAUUAAAAAAUUAAUCAAAACAAAACCUGGUACACCAGAAAAAAAAUUAGUUGAAUGGACUAACUAUGUUCUAGUAAAUGAUGGAUUAACAGAAUUUAAUUCACCAGCAAAUGAAAUGAAUAUUUUUGUAUAUCAUGGUAUCGAUAUAUUAUUGUUUAUAAUAUUUCUUUUUAUUACAUUAAUUUAUAUUUUUAUUAAAAUAUUCACAUUGCUCAUAAGAAUAAAAAAAAUGGAAACAAAAACUAGCAAAAAGAGUAUGUUAAAAAAGAAAAAAGCUUAG